CAUCAUCUCACUUGAGCAAGCUACCAACAGCGGCAGAACAGGCAACCAGCUUCUGAACCGCUUCAAUGGCCAAGACCAAGAUCCAGCCCUUGCCUGCAGCCUCAUCGUCUUCCUCCUCCGAGGAUGAGUGCCAAUGCCUGCAGGGCGAGCAGAAGCAGACAGUGUACACGGUGUGGAUGAAGUCGCUGGUGUUCAACGGCAACGGCUGCACGGUGUACGGCGCCGACGGCUGUAUCGCCUUCCGCGUCGACAACUACGGCUGCCGGGGCGGCCGCGAGGUGUUCUUCAUGGACUGUGCCGGCAAGAGCCUCAUCAGGAUCCAAAGGAAGAGCUUUGCGAUGUUCAAGAGAUGGGAAGCGUGCCGGUGUUACGACGGCGGCGAGGGUCUCGGGGAGGAGACAACGACACUGUGGUUCAGAGCGCGGAAGGCUCGGAGGAAUGGAGCCACCGUGACGAUGCAUGGCAGUGGAAGGACGUACAUGAUCGACGGGCGCUCGCACAAAUCGGACUACAGAAUCAGCGGCGCCGACGGUGCGGUGGUGGCAGCAAUCGGGCCGAAGCAGACGGCGUCCGGGGUCGUCCUGGGAGAGGAUGUGCUGACGCUCACAGUGGAGUCGGAGGUGGAUCAUCUGCUUGUUCUGGGCUUGGUGGUCGUGUGUGGCCUUAUGAACCGUUGCAUGUGAUUGGAACAGCGAUGAUUGAUUGAUUGAUUGAUUGUGUAGGAGUACAACGUCACGGCGGAAUUAAAGCUACAAAUUAGGGGCUCUCUCUCUUCCCCAACUCCUUUUCUCUUCUUCUUCUUUCUCCUCCUCUUUUUCCUCUUCCAUAUCACAAAAUUUAAGAGGGCUCCAAGUGCUCCACAGGUAGAGGGGCUCCCUUCGAUCCGCCAAGGAUCACAAGAACGAAAGUAUUCUUUUUGUUCUUAGGAGUAUAUAUGAUGGUGAGAGUUUGUUUCACAGGGAAAUCUGUAAUUCUUCCCUCCAUGCUUGCUGAGGACAUUUGUCCUGUUUCUGCUGGAUGGGUUUCCCCCCUUUUCUCAAGGAUUGUUUCGAAAAAAUCUCGUCACUGUACAACUGUAAAUUUG